ACGAAGACUGAACUGUGUAUAUACAUUGUGUCCCUCCUGUGCCUACAUUUCCUCAAACAUUUCGCGCAUUGUAAUUCAUCAUGCUCUGUAGGAAGAUCCUUGGAAAUCAUUUUGGCUCAAUUGUGGCAUCGUCAUGUUUUAACGAGAAGUAAAGUUGAUCAUUGGAGCAUUUCAACUGCAAUCAAGUCUCUCAACAGAGUGAAAAACAAAAAUUAUAAAAAUGUGAUAAAACAAGUUGCUAAAAAUAACUCACAGUGCCAUAAUUAACAAGCUAAUCAUAAGUUGUCAGAAAAUAUUAGUAAAAUGAAUGGAUCAACAAUGGUAUUCCUCAAAAUGAACGUUGUUCUUCUUUUGGCUUUGUUUGCUACUUGUUUGGCAGCAGAUGAAAAAUUAGUAAACAUUGCACCUAAAUGUCAAUUUGGUAAAUCAUUUAGAAAGCAAAUCGAUGUACAACCAUUAAAUGGAGCUUGCCUUAGAGACAUGGUUGUGCACUUAUCCAAAAGUUUACAAGGUUUAGCAAAUGAUGAACUUGGAGUCAAUAAGUUCCAAGGACUGCUAGAUAAGAUGGACUUUGUAGAUACCAUCACUCCACUUAGCUCUAGACUGAAUGAUUUAGCUAAAAAUCUUAAUGAUAGACUUAAAAAAUACACAGAUUUAUUACGAGAUAGCUAUAACAUUAUACAGCCCAUAUUACUUAAGCAAGGUCAGGGUAUUUACUCUACUGAAAAAAAGUCUGAUCAAAGUAGCAGACCUUUAGAUAUUUGUAAUAAAAUAACAGAUGAAUUAGCUAUGAAUUUAAGAACUCAAGAUUGGAAAAAUUUGCAUGUUUUACCAGUAUCGCAGCCAGGUAUAAUAUGUGGUCCUCCAAGUUUAGCUCACAAUAUUGGUCCAUUACUUCUGGCUCAAUGCAAUCGUGCUAAAAAUAUACUGCUAUUACUGGAACAUAGCUCAGCAUUUAUGUCUGAUAAAGAUGUUAGUUUGGCUCAGAUUACAGCUAAAACUAUAGUUCACAUGUUGACUGAAACAGAUCGAGUAACUGUGAUAGGCCUUGUUGGCCAAGGCUCUGCACUUUGUCCAGAGCAAGGUUUACCCCAAGCUACUGAUAUUCAUAAAAUUAGACUGGAUCAUCAUAUUGAUUCAAUGAUUCCAAUAUUAGUGAAUCAAACCUUCAGUAUUAAUGUUGCUGAAAUGGUGAAAAAUAUUACAGGUGAACUAACUAUCGUGCACUUAACUAACACUGUUACUGAUUAUUCUGGUGUUAACGACUUAGUUCAAACAAUAAAAAAUGAUAAUCUGAAAGUUUAUUUGAAGACAAUCAUGAUACGAUCAAACCAACAAGUCAAAUUGGAAGACAAAGAUAAAUUUUCUAAUGGUUCAGUAAUCAUGUUACCAACUCAACAUGUUCUUGGUUAUGAAAUAGCUAAACUUUUUGCUGGUUUAAAAUGCAACAAAGAUGAUGUCAAGCCUUAUUACUUAUCAGAGCCAUAUUUUGAACCUUACAGCAAGUCAAUGAUGGUAUCAGUAGGGCAGAUUACAAAUACUGCCCUCCUGUCAUUUGAUGUACGUCUUCAAGAAUUUGUUGAAGAUAUAACAUAUUUCGACGCUGGACCACACCAACUGCAUGCCUUACUUGUUGAUAAGCGUGGGCUUUUAUGGAUGCACAAAGAUUUUCCAAGAGUUGAAAUGAUUGUUGAACAGCCUCUUAAAGUUUACAUACAUGAUCUUGAAAAUUUACAAAAAAAUAUUCUUGUCAGUACUGGAAUGUCAGAACAAGCUGAAGGUGUAAUUGAAAUUCACACACUCCUCAACACCACAAAGCAAAUUCAUUGGCGUCAUCUCGACUAUUUUGAUUUAAUAGUUUGUCUUGUUGUAACUCGUUCUAAUGAAGAUUUUAUACGUGUGCCAGUUUUAAAAACCCCUCCUCCCUUACCUUCAUUUUUAUUGCACCAUCGAUUAGAUUUGGCUUUGAGUUCAAACAUUCGAAGAGACAGUUUAUGUGCACACAAUGAUAAUCGCGUGGCUACUCUUCAAGCUAGUGUAGUUUAUUUAUCACCUUGGUGUUUUAAAUCACCUGCAGAGCAGGCUAAAUUAAUGCAAACUACACCAGCUGAUACAGUUAGAAGUUACAUGGCUUAUAUCAAAGACGAAACAAGACUUCUAACUAAUCCAGGAAUGCAGGAAAGUGUAAAAGCUGAAGUAGCUAUGUUGGCUCAAAUUCUGGGAUACUUCAAAGACAGACAUGAUAAUAGCCUUCUAAACAAGUACAUAAUUCAAAGGUACGUUACUUCUGUGACAAGUGGUGUUCUUGAAGUUUAUCCAGGUUUGGUCCUUGAUUCAGACCUAGAUCCUAAACGCCGUGGUUGGUACUACAAAGCAAUUCAACAACCAGAUCGCAUGAUACUUAGCCCACCUUACUUAGAUGCUGGUGGAGCUGGAUAUGUUAUUACAUUGAGUCAAGUUGUGCAUGAAGGUCGUUCAGUUGGUCUUCACUCAAGUACUGAUCCUGUUCUUGCUGUAAUGGCUAUGGACUUUACACUGGGGUAUCUCUCUAAAAUGUUGGAGGAAUUAUUCCCUGUUUGCAGUGUAACAAACAUCAAGUGCUUUUUAAUGGAUGAUAAAGGCUACCUGGUGUACCACCCGUCGCUGCUUCAAGCCUCGAGCAAGAUCGAGCAGCAGCACCUGACCCAGAAGGAGCUGCUCGUGUCCAACGACAUCCUGAAUCACGACCUGUUCGUGCGCAAGCAGGUCUGCGCCAGCCACAUGGACGCCACGGCCCAGCGCUACUACCAGUUCAACAUGUCGCUGGACGAGGUGCUGACCAACAUCGUCCACGGCGAGCACUGCGUCAUGUAUCAGCUGGCCGUGGUCCCGGGCACCAACGUCUUCCUCGGCGUCGUCAACAUCACCUGCAAUUAUCUCAAGGCCUUCUGUCCCUGCAGCACGAUGGACCGGUCGUGCAUCAAUUGCAAUCGGGUCGAUCAGACGGACUGCGAGUGCCCGUGCGAGUGCUCGCUCUACUCGAGCGAGUGCUCGUCCGCGCGGGCCGACGAGGCCCUGGCCGAUCUCGAGCCGUGCCCGGCGCCCCAGGAGCAGGGCUCGGGUCUGGCCUCGCCCUGGAUACCGCCGUCGCUGCCCGCGCUCAAGCCCUGUCGCGGCUACAGCUGCUCGGACUUCGCCAGCCAGAGGGACUGCCUGGGGGUGGCCGGCUGCGAGUGGUGCGAGAUCGACGCCGACGGCGAGAGCCGCCUCAAGCGGCCCUACUGCAGCGACUCGGCCGUCUGCUUCCGCGGCGUCUACGGCUCGCCGAUACCUUACGGCGACGGCACCUACAACUCGCAAUCGACCGAGGAGAUACUAGCCGGUGAGUGGCCGUCGGUGGGCCCGGUCGCCGGCGGCAUACUCGGCAUCGUCCUCAUCCUGGGCAUCGGUCUCUUCUGCUACAGGCUGCGCAACAUACCCACGGGCCUGGAGCACGAGUGCCUGCACAAUCACAACUCGCCGGACACGCUGCGCAUGACGCAUCUCGACUGCGACAUCGAGCCGGCCGAUCUCGAUCGCGAGCCCAAGGGCAGCAUGGACUCGGCCCUGCUGCGAGACGUUAUCGCGCCCAUAUCCCCCUAUAGAGUAUCGACCAAUUACAGACGACCAGCCGGUUGCGAGAGCGAUCACGGCUACAGCACCAUGACGCCUCACGAGGACUCGGAGCAGCAGAAUUUCUCGGAGCCGCUGCUGAUUCUGUCCGCGGACGAGGCCAGCGUGUCGAUGAUCCGUACGCCCAUCGCCACCCUCGACUCGCCGGCCACGUCGACGUCCACGGCCGGCACCGUGAUCGGUACCAGCGACCUCGGCAUCUCACCGAUCACGGAUCUCGGCCCGUCGCAUCGCAUCGUCGCCGCCGUCGACGUGCAUCAACACAUGGAGACGAACUAUUGUUAGCGAUACUAGCGAGUACGGGCUGACGGCGACGAUGAUGUCAGCGGCGACGUUAAUCGUUUUGUUUGCUCGCGACGCGCUCGAUAUUGACUCUUGCCUCGUUCGGAGUCGUGUGUCGCUGCGCGCUCAACGCGUGAAAAAAAUUACUACGUUUCACAGGGUACAUUUCAUUAGCUCGAUUAGACUUUGUUUUGAUCGAGACGAUGAAAGAAGCUUCGAUUUUUUUUAUACUCUACGAACGUUGGAAUAUUUCCAUCGUUAAAUUAUGAUUCUCGAAUCAUUGCAAUAUCUCAUUUUAUUUGAUCAUUUAUAGAAAUGAUUGCCAAUGUACUUUUGACACGCGACAUAACUUUCUCAAAGUCUUAUGAAAUUCAUUUUUAUGUAGUAAUAUUUUUUGUUAGUGCAUUGAAAUGAAAUUAAGGCAGCUACUGCUCUGCAGUCUUCGGUUAGCGCUCGUUAUCGGGUGCAGUGAUGUGCUCUUUUUUACACACGAUGUUUUUCGCUCGUAUGGAAAAAAUGAUGACAUCAACGGGUCUUCGUGCAAUUUUUCAUCGAAUUCUCUAUUCAGUUUUCAAUCGCUUAGUCUGAAAUUGUUCACCGUCGAACAUUUUUUAAAAGCAGUAGCUUCGCUCGGCUUUCAGCGCUCGAAUGCAGAUCAGUCAGUAAUCCGUUUUCAAGAUGUGUCACAUUUACGUGUACAAUCACAGUAUUAAAGCUUUAAUUUGAUUGUAUAGAUGUUUUUUAAAAUCAAUUUUUACAAAAACGAUAGUUUUAUAAAUACUCCGGUUGAUGAGAUUACGAAAAAUUAACAUAACGAUAUAUUGUUACUUAUUUUUGAUAUUAGUUUCUUAACGUACAUGAUUUUUUCAUGCCAACCAUAAUUUAGUCGUCGAUUUUCAAUUGUAAAUUUGAUUCGAUUUUUUAAUUUUUUAAUGUAAUUUUGGAUAAUUUAAUAAUUAGCUUUAUCUAAAAGUUUUCAUAUGUAAUUUAAGGUAUUAUAAUAGUUAUACCUGAUUUAUGUUAAUGUAGUGUCCAUAAUGUAAGUUCGUCUUCCAACUUUUUUAAAACGAUUUGUUUCGUUUGAAAUGUACACGUCCAACAAUUAUGAAUUUUUUAAUAUCUCUGAUGGUGGCAUAUGUUUCUUUAUCGUGUACUUACGGCGGUAUAUUGACGCUCCCUAUGAAGAGUAACACUUCUCCAUUUAAUUUAACACUUAAACGUGCUAAUCUUUGUGGGGAACAUCCAUGUACAUUUUAUCGAAAGAUCCAUAUGUCCUUGAUGCAAUUUAUUAAAUAUAAAGAGAAAUUUUAUAUGCAAUCAUAUUAGUCAUAUAUGAAACAACUACUUGUACAACAUAUGAACAGCAGUGCAAUUAUAUAUUAAUAUCUACAAGUAGUUAUAUAAACCGGCUUGAUGAUCUGUAAAAAUAAUGUCCAAAGUUAUUAUAAGAAAAUUAUGUAAUCCAAUAAUCUAGUUUUAAUGAGUUAGUUAUACGAGAUAUUCAUAUUAUAAAUAUUAAAUAUAAAUGUUAGAAUGAUAUUAAAUGCAUUUAUGGCCCAGUGCAUUUUUUAUACGUAAGGCCGUUUUCAAUGAAGUUUUUGUACGAUUUUUACCUCGUAAGAUUUAUUAGUAUACAAAAAGAAAAUGAUCUGUGAAAAAUUUUUCUAAAAAAUGCUUAUUGAAAGUAAUAAUUACGUGCCGAACCUUGCUAAGAGAUUUACGUAUUGUUGAAUCGGCGUUUUCGGUAAAAAAAAAAUAUAUAAUUGAAAAAAAAUUCAUCACACGAAGUGUAUGUCCCUGAGUACAAAAAAUUAAAAAUGAUGCCCCCUAAUUGUAUUCGUAGUGCCAAAGUACCUUUACACAAAAAAAAACAAAUACGUAAACAUCGAAACCUAUUUUUGUACUUUUUCAACCUUAUUCAUUCAAAAAAAAAUUGUAUCAUAUUUAUAACAAACUGUAAUAAUAUACUCGAAACAUUUAAAUCAUGUGAGUAAUUUAAGAAAGAUAAAUUUGAUGAUAGAUUAUUGGACUGAAUGCGGUGAUCUGGAAAGCAAAAAUUUAGCGGUACUUGACACCGCUAAUGACAAUGCAUACAAAAAUGAGAAAAACCUUUUCUUAUUCAUUAAAAA